AUCUCCUAUUGCCAAGUAUAUAACAUUUAUAUACACAUCUAGUUUGUUUUUAACCUACCCGUAAUUUCCCCUAUCCAUCCCCUUUUAAAGACUUUAUCGUCUAAAAGUCACUUGUAAAUCACGGAGACUGUGGUUUUUCUUCGGAGAAGAUUCGCCGCGCAUGAGCUGGGAGUAAUCUUUUUAUAUACCUCCCGUAGCCGUGACUGAAAUCGCCGUCGCAUUCGUUACCUGCUACGAGCGAACACGAGUACCAUCAUUCUGAUUCGUCGCCCAAGCCUAACCGAGCUAAAGUCAGAUUUUCGCGAGGAUUUCCAUCCAGCGGAGCAGAAUUUUCUCCCAUCCAUUGGCUUUCAUCAAUUUUUUCCUUAGAAAAAAGGGAGAGUGAGGGAGAGAAGAGGGAAGACAAGAGAACGUGAAGCGAGUGUUUUAAGCCCCGUACAUUACCCGAAGCAGGAAGGCUAGUCGAGUCGUUACGAGGCGGGCAAGAUCAGGCUAGGAUCAACAUUAAUCCGCGACUAGGUUUUCGUCCCUGUGACGGGACUCUCACUUCAAGGUAGAAGGAGAGAGCGAGUGAGAGAGCGAAAGAGGAAAAAAAAGUCGAUAAGCCUUUCGUAUACAACCCAGCCUAAAGACGAACAAGACAAUGAACACCAUUCGAGCAUUCGAAAGCUUCGUCGAAGCUAGCAACGCACGCAACACUCAACCGAGUUCAGCGACGUCGCAUAACGACAUCGGGCAUGAUGCUCCCUGUGAUCGAACUCCUCAUUGCUCUACGAUAGGACAUCAGAGUACACCUGAUAGCGUUGAUAAAACUUGUGUCAACGACGACAACAUCGACAUCGACGAGGAUGAAGACAGUAAGAAACGAAGGCAACGUCGACAGCGAACACAUUUCACAAGUCAACAGUUACAGGAAUUGGAAGCGAAUUUCGCGAGGAAUCGUUAUCCUGACAUGUCAACAAGAGAGGAGAUCGCAGCAUGGACUAACCUCACAGAACCUAGAGUUAGGAUUUGGUUCAAGAAUAGGCGAGCAAAAUGGAGGAAAAGAGAGCGUAAUCAAAUGAACGAACUGAAGAACGGUCUCGGUGCUGGUUUCAAUGGCCUCAUGCAGCCUUUCGAUGAUGGCCUCUACUCAGGCUAUUCCUACAACAACUGGGCAGCAGCGAAAACUGCCAAUCCGCUCGGAUCAAAGAGCUUCGCGUGGUCGUUGAACACGGUUAAUCCCUUGUCGAUGACGAGCCAGCCGAUGUGUUUCAACCCACCGACGACUAUUAGCUCUACCUUCUCAGCGGCCACACCUGUCAAUGGCGUCGGUCAGCAAUUGAACUCUUUAAACAACGCAGCAGCCGCCGCUGCUGGUGCACCCGGAUACCCGUAUGCCUCAGCGCCGGGUGCACCGGCUUACGUGUACAGAGAGCCUUGCUCAAACAGCAUAGCAUCCCUACGACUGAAGGCGAAGCAACACUGCGAAAAUAUGACCGGAGUCAGUUAUCCGGUUCCUCAGAGUUCAUCUCUCUCGGCAUGCCAAUAUUCCGGUUUGAACGGAACGAUGUAGACUAGAAUCGUAUUACCCCAACUAAUUAUCUAACAUUUUACCAAUCGUCUCACAUUAAACCAUUGAUUCCCGUCGAACCGGACGAAUAACCCUGCAUUCUGUAAUGCAAGAAGGUCAUCAUUCUGUUGUCAUGGCAACUAGGAUAUAGUUCAACAGUCGUCUGGAGUUGAUCCUUUCAAACGAGUCUUACUGCUGUCAGAAUAAUCAUCGUCAAUACAAGGUUCGUGAGAAUGGAUAUCCGAUAUACCACAACAGAGAAGAAAUAUCAUGGAAUUAGACAUUUAAUUUGCUUUACUGUCUGAAUCUCAACAUUUGAAAAUAUAAUAUCUCUUUUAAAUAUGCAUGAAAUACUUCAAUGGAUUCCCCCUCCUCCCUUCCCUGGAAUAACGAACUUUAUUGACGAUAAAUCUGAUAACUAUAUAUGAAAUAAACAUUGAAUUAAUUUUAAGCGCCUUUAGUGGAAUAUGAAUUGUAGAUCAUCAUAAUUGGCAAUUUCAUUUUUUUUACAAUUUGACUCUUCAAUGGAUAAAAAUUUAUUUGCUUCCUCCUAAGAGCGUUUAAUCAAUCUUCUAAUCAUUUUUUAUGACACCAUGCAUGGCAACUUUUUAUAAAGUUUUCAUAUAAAGACAAGGGUGGCACCAUGGAAUUGUAAGUUGGGAUGAGAAGACCUGAAGUUCAUGUCGUGCUCUGUAUUCAUAUUGCAUAACAUGGAUCAUACUAGUUCUCUUCUUAUUAUGCUUAUUUCCUCAACUCACUUUUACUUUCUCAUUGUUGUCACUACUUGAAAAAUCAGAGGGCAGUUGCCCCCUUGACUUGAAGUGCCGCCCCUGUGUGGAAAGGUUUUGUUUCCUCCAACAUUUCUUUGUAAGUAAUAUGACUGUAUGUCUCAAGCAAUCUCGAUUUAGAUUGUGGUAACUUAUUUACUUAAAUAUCGAACAAAAAUGUCAAACUAUUCCUUCAUCUGUUUUCUCGCGUGGAGAGAGUUUACGGGUUGCAGUUUCGAUGGACUGAUCGCGAAGGUAGUGAUGAUUUUUAAACGCGUUGAGUUUAGAUGAAUAAACAGUAUCAUUGUAAGAGAAUGAUACUUGAAGACUAUUGUUCUCAUUGUAAUUUCAACUAUUAUCUAAACACACUGCUGUGAUGCAAAUAUUUUGUUAUACUUGUAUUUAUUUAACGCGGAAUGUCUAUUAUAGGACAUAACGUGGAUGAUGUGUGAAAAAGGAUAAUUAUCAGUCUAGUCAUGUUUCAUAAACUGCCAUUUAAAACUCCGAUUUGCAAUAUUUUUUUUGCGAUUUAACAAAUUGCUACACACCCACACUUUUUAUAAAAUCCUGCAUUAAAAUAUCACUUUGGACUUGUUUUUAUAUAUGUUUGUUUUUCAACAUAUUCACUCUUACUUCUGAAUCGUCAAGUUUGAUUCUGAAUGGCUCAAGCUGGAAGUAAACCAUUUUCGAGUCAAACUGGCUCUUUUCCAAGUUACUCUGACUCAGAAUUUCGUAUUUUUCAGCUGAUGGCAUACCAUUCCGAGUCAAAACAAUUUGGAACUCUAGUCACUUUAACUUGGAAUAGAGCUGACUCGUGGUGACACCCAAUUUCGAGUCAAAUCUGACUCCGCAGAACUAAAAAUGUAAAUGGAUAAUUACAGAGAGUAUGCAUUGACAGAAAACGAUAUUAAAAAUUUAUUGUUUUUUAUGUCAAAAGAGUAAUUAUACUAUAAUAUGUUCCAAACUGUUGGCAUGGUUAGUGUUUGCGGGAGGGAGAUACACACAUUUAGUAGACAGUCUACUAUUUUUUACAACUUAAAUGAAUGGCUAACAAUAUUUUAUUAGAAUCAGGGAGAGUCACAAUAUUGAGAUAAAAGCCCAUGUUUACAACUUGGAUAAGAUGAGAUGACGAAAGACGCAAAUGAACUAUUCUUGUCGUCUCAUCAACAUUUUAGACAUUCUGUUCCAGUUGAUUUAUUGUUCUUAUUCUAUUUUACGUUUCUAUGGUAACGCUUUUUCACUUCGUGAUAUUCGAUGUUUUAUAUGGUGCCUUUAUAAUAAGGGUUUUUACAUGGUCACCUAACUGUUCCGUAUCUGACAUUUUACACGUUUCCUAGUUGUAGUUGUUCUUUUAUAUUAAGUCAGGGUGAAAUGUACAUACUAAGCACCACACGCCACGUCUAGUUUCUAACUGAAUAAUUAUUUCAUCAGUAUUCUGGAUUUUGACAUUACCUUAACAGUUAAAUAAUUGAACAAACCUUUUUACCAAUCAAAAUAAGUCAAUUCAACAAUCGACUUGGUGGCAGGGGGGACAUUUGAAUUUUGAUAUGAAAUUUACCAACAACUUCA